AAGUUUACUUCUAGAUUGUUUUUGUUUAUUAAUGUGCUAACAUCAAUUUUCAUUUUGUCCGUCAAACACGAUCAAAAUUUUAGUGAUGAAUCCUGCUCGUUUUCUUACCAUCCGCAAAAACCUGAAACUCAUAUUCAACAACACACAACAUUUCCAUUCAGUCAAUGACGAUCUCCCAUCCUUAAUCAAACCAACAUGCUUCUACGGGACAAAAUCGAAAAAAAGGCAGGAAAAAACUCAUUGCGACAAUGAAGAAUUCGACUAUCUAAGAAACAGAAUCACACGAAAACGUGACUCCAUCACACCAAACGAAUACCUCUUGUCCAAAACUAACCAAAUAGGUCUGAAGAAGAAGCACCUGAGAAGGACAUGUGCUGGACUUCCCAACCAGCCUCUUCCCAACCAGGAUGGAAAGUCGGGCUCGAAACGUGACGCUUCCCUAUUCAUACUACCCGAAGUCAUAUGCCCGAAAGACCCUGCCCAGACCUGCAGGAGACUCAGCACCAGCUCCUACAAACUGAGCAAGUCUGACCCCUGCAAACCUCCCUGCCCAACACCCAAAAAGAGGAAGGAUCCCUGCAAAAAGGAAGAUCCACCAUGCUGUCCCCCUUGCCCACCAUGCCCAAAACCCUGCUGUCCACCUUGCCCGAAGCCAUGCUGUCCCAAAUGUCCCGAGUGCCCCAAACCUUGCUGCCCACCAUGUCCCAAACCCUGCUGCCCACCGUGCCCUAAGAAGGAGGACCCCUGCAAGAAAAAGGAGGACCCGUGCAAGAAAAAGUGCGCCCCCCGCAGCGAGGCCAGUCCCAUAGGAGACGGGAAAAAAUGCCCCACAAAGAAGGCAAGUUGCACAGAAUGCUUCUCUAAGAGCACGUGCGAAGCAAAAUCAUGUCCGCCCAUCAAAAGAUCAGAUUCACGUGGAGCCGACCUGUUUUUCACCCCGAAGAAGCAACAGGAUUCAAUAUGCAUGACGAAGGAACAUCCGUGCGGCUCCUGCUUUUCAUCCAAGAAACAAGACACAUGCAAACAAGCCAGCCCGUGCGGAAGGCAGACUAAAAAAUCUGACUCGUGCACCACUUGUUUCGCAUCGGGCAAACCAACAUCUCCAUGCCAACAACAAAAGCAAUCUAGCCCUUGCAAGGCCGCCCCCAAAAAGGCGGAGUCCUGCACCAGCUGUUUCUCGUCGUCCAAACAACAACCAAAACAAGCCAAAAAGACGGAUUCGUGCUCAACAUGUUUCUCAUCCAAAAAACAAUCCACAGAAUCUCCAUGCCAACAAGCAAAGCCACCUUGCGGUGCGCCGAAAAAAGUGGCUUCUUGCAACACCUGUUUCACCGUCAAGGAUAAAGAACCAGCCUGUCCCCCAACGGAUAAUCCGUGCGCCCCAAAGAAGCCGGAGGCCGACUGCAAACCCAAGCCGUCGACUCCUUGCAAACCACCCCCAAAACCCGUCUGCCCCGCAAAACAACAGGAGGCCGUGUGCAAGCCGAAGAAAUCAGCCCCUUGCAAAUCGCCGCCGGAGAAACAGGUGUGCAAGCCCAAGGUCGAUAACCCCUGCAGCCCUCGUCCCAAGAUGACCGACCCGUUGGGCAUCUGCGGCGGCUCGACCCCCAAAACCCCACCGCAGGCCGUGUGCAAGCCCAAAGAGCCGUGCCCCAAGAAGGGCGACAAACCGAAGCCGCCUUGCAGCCCACCAUCAGCCGGCCAACAGGUUAAAGGCACCGGGGCGAGCACCUGCACGAAAAAGGAACCGGCGUGUCCGAAGCGGGCGACUCCCAUUUGCACGGCCGAAAAACCGUGUUUUGGCAGGAAGCCCGUGUGCGAUGGUGAGAUGCCGCCUUGUGACACCGCGUGUUUUGUCAAAAGCAAGACGGAGGAGAAGGUGGUGUGCCCUCCCCCCGAAGCCGAUGACCUUUGUCAGAUGUGCAAGCAACCUGUUGCCAAACCUGUGGUCUUCACAACGUGCACGGAAGAGCUUCAAAACAAAAGGAAACCGUGCCCCGACAGAUUCCAAGCACCAAUGCCGGAGCCAAACGUGCAGAUUGUCAAGCCGGUGAUGAAGAAGCCAAAAGCUAAAGCGUGCACGAAGGAGAUGGAAUGCGACAAAACGUCGCAGUGCGGCCGCACCUCCUCGAAGAUGGAGUGGAAGGCGGUACCGAUCGACCUGGGCCCGAAGCCGCGUACCGAGGUGGCCGUGACGAAGAUAACGCCGAUCAAGGCGGAGCAGCAGAGCUUCAUGAAGAGCUGCCGCAACGCCAUCGCCAACGUUUGCAAGUCUUUGGUGAGCGGCAAGGGGAGACAGGCGAUGGUCGGUGGCCUGAUCGGCAGCGCUUCCGUACCCAACAUCCGUUCCCAUGCAGAUCUUCCGUACAACAAGAACGCGGAGAAGCAAGGGAAGAGAAGCAGCAGCGAUCCACCGUCCAGGGGGUUCAUGAACAGGAGCUACGUCAUGGACUUCUUCAGGAGGGACAACGAGAUGAGCUGCGACAACGAGGAGAAGAUAAGAGAGGCCAGGAAACUGUACUCCAACUUCCAAAGCUUCGUCGCAGAAGAUGAGAACAUAAUAAGAUCAAAGAGACGCCAACUGGGACUGCCCGAAGAGGAUGAGCUGAGCCAGCACAGCCAGGGCGAGAAGGUAGUUACAAAACCAUCAUUGUUCGCAAAUUUGGUUAACGCCUUCAAGGCCAAAUCGGAUACGCCUGCCAACCAACAGAUGACGAAAUGUGUCUGUUCUGAGAAUCCGGACAUCGUGAACCUCAUCAAGGACAUGGACCUUCUUCUGCGGCCCGAAAAUAACGCUGAACGUUUUUAUGUUAUUAAAGUUAAGUCAUCAUCUACAAACAACCAGCUUGAAAUCCAAUGCGAAGAGAUUGAUGGCAACUUGGGGGACAACACGAAAGCAGCACCGGGUUCGAAUUCUUCGACCAAACCUCAAGAACGAGAUCUAAUUAAAAAAGUACAAAGCAGCCCCGAGAUUAAAUCAUCAAAGCUUCUAUGCCAAAUUGAGAACCAAUUAGAAGAAGAAAAUCAAACUAGUAUGGCUCACAUGAUGGAGAUGUCUAAAGACAGGAAUAUUUGGAACAUUCCCAUAUCUAACGUCGUCUUCGAUGAAGGUGACUCAAAUUGUAGAAGCACCAUCGAGUUUAAAAUUUCCUUGCAACCUAAUUUUGUUAGUAACAAACGUUCAAGUCACCAGUGGGAGAAGUUAAAUCCUGGAAAGAAGAAAAGAACUGAAGAGCAAGAAUACCAAGACCUGAGUAAAAAGACUGAUAAACUGGUGAUGUGCAUCAUGGAAAUAAUUGACCGACUCAAACAGCCAACUGUCAUAGCCCAAGAAAACUGCAAGUGUCUGGGAAAUAUUGCCAAACCAAAGUCGAAGAAGAACCUAAGCGUCAAGUCAAAUAAAGUACCAAUAACCGAGGAAACUACUCCUCAGGUGGUAGAAGAUGCCGCACAUUUUAGUCAAGUGGUUGAUGACGUCUUCGAUGUGGUCGUCUCCAAAGCGGAAUGUACACCACCACCAACAUCAAAACCAACGCCCGAAACCCCUGAAGAGAACAAUAAAGCAUCAAAAGAUAACUGUAAGGAGCCCGAAAUUACGGUUGUCUCUAGCAAAGUCAUCGACAAACCCGAAUCUAAUAUAUCCGAAGAGGAGCGUCAAUGGAAGACGUGUGGAGAACUGAUCGAUAACCUUGACACAUUGAAACAGAAUCCGGAUUCACGGAAACAAUCCCUGUCGAAGAAUAGUUCCGACGACUACAACAGUACCAUUGACGACAUCCUAGACAUGGUGAUCUGUUUCAACGAAACACCAGACGCAGUACCCGAAGAACCAAAGGACCCGAAAACCGAAGACAAGCCCCAGACGAGUAUGGCAACUAAGCCACAGCCGGCUAUGACGAACAUCAAAGACGACGCCGCCGUGAAACCCACCAAGCCUCCAGAACCACUGAAGAUCAUAGAGCAAUCAAUGGUGCCGAUUGCUCCGGUGAAAGAAGCUCUGGAGAGGAAGCUGGUAACGGCGGUCACUAAGAAGCCGUGCACUGAUUUCAUCCUGAUCAACGACAAGGAAACAAAACCCAAGGUAGAGCCGAAAAAGCCACCUGUUGAGGCACCAAAACCUAAGGAGGCGCCUCAAAUUAUCUUGAAGAAGGCACCGAAAUGCGAGGAAGCACCCCAAUCUGCCCUGAAGAAGGCGCUGAUGAGCUCUUUGAGCAAAAAAGUCAUGUAUAACUUCAAGGAAACGAAGCCGCCGGCUCAAAAUCAGAAAACGGAAACCGAUUCCGUAAAGAGUCACAAGAAGGAUGUUAAGCAGGGCUGGGGCCUUGAUAAAUCGCUGAUUGACAGAGCCGCAAAGAGCAUCGAGUAUCGGAGGAGUCGAUUGAAGGAACUGGUUUCUUCUAAUCCGGUCAAAAAGCCUUUUAUUGCAAAAUGUCCAAAACCAUUCGAGUCGGAUAUUCCAUUGGAUACAAGGGAAGAUACGAGCAAAAUUAUUAGUAAAAUGGCCAAAAACAAGGAGCUUGUCUUGAGCCUCUAUAAGAGAACUAAAUUUGAAGAUAAUAAAAAGAACUACGUCUCACAUGAUGCACUAGAAGACUCAAUGCAAACUGGAUUGAAGAAAGGACCAAGUAAGACGCAAUCAACAAUCAGGAAACCCACACCACAACAUUUCGAACACAAAGAAGACCUGUCCAAAUCUACAGACUGUAACAAGAUGAAAUACUUGAUAAACAAGAUGACUAGGGAGAAGAAGCUGCUGCUCCAAAAGCACUAUUUUCAUUUACAGGAAGAACUACCCAAGAUGAAGUGCCUCUUGGAAUACAACCUAAUGCAGGACAUCACCGACCUGUGUCCACACAAAAGGAAAGAGUUCCUUAGGAGGAUCGUACAUGGCACCACCAAGUCCAACUUCAAGCUGGACCUGGAAACUUGGAAAUCCAGAGAACCUCCGAAAGUACCGAAGCUCAAACCGACGGUCAGCGAGAGCCGAAUAGUGACGAAGGCAAUGAAGAAGAACAAGUUCAAGUUCGUGCCACCACAGUAUGGCAACAAGUACGACUGAAGGACCACAUGGAGAUAUAAAAAUGGAGGAACAUUGUCUUCGACUGGUAUAGGGGCGGUUUUGGACGCUGCUUUGGAGUCCUGUGAUUGAAAGUCGAUUGUCUUCGAUGUCUUGGUGCACAACGAUUUAUAGUCCGCGAAUAUUGAAGCCGCCAUCUUGAAAUAUUGUAAUGUGUGUUGUUGCGGUGCAUUAAUAUAGAUGUUUCAUUGA